CUCGCAGCCCGGCCCGCAGCGCGGCGGACCCUCGCAGGGCGACUGGAGGAAACCAUAUCUGGUCAAAGUAUUCGCUGCUGUCACCCGGUGGGACCGUCCGGCUAUAAAUAGCGCGGGAGGAGGUGCGCUGUCCAUCAUGUCGGUGAUGAGGAAGGAGAUGGAGAAGUACAGGGACAUAGACGAGGACGAGCUGCUGAAGAAACUCUCAGAGGAAGAGCUGCAGCGAUUAGAGGAUGAAUUAGAGGAGCUGGACCCUGAUAACGCGUUGUUGCCGGCUGGGAUGCGGCAGAAGGACCAGACUAAGAAAGCUCCGACGGGGUCGUUUCAGAGAGAUGACCUCCUGGCCCAUCUGGAGAAACAGGCCAAAGAGCAUCCUGACAAAGAAGACCUGGUGCCCUUCACAGGGGAGAAGAGAGGAAAAGAAUUUGUGCCUAAAAAGAGGGUGGACCCCAUCUUAGAGAACGUGACUCUGGAGCCAGAGCUAGAAGAAGCUCUAGCGAGUGCUACUGAUGCUGAACUGUGUGACAUAGCAGCCAUUCUGGGUAUGCACACCCUGAUGAGUAACCAGCAGUACUACGAAGCCCUGGCCAGCAGCACCAUCGUCAACAAGCAAGGCCUCAACAGUGUGAUCCAGUGCACUCAGUAUAAACAAGUCCCUGACGAGGAGCCAAACUCCACUGACGUAGAAGACACCCUGCUGAGAUUAAAGAGGAACGACCCUGACCUAGUUGAAGUCAACCUCAACAAUAUCAGGAAAAUCCCCGUCCCGACUCUGAAGGCGUACGCUGAGGCCCUGAUGAAGAACACUGUGGUGGAGAGGUUCAGUAUCGUAGGAACCAGGAGCAAUGACCCCGUAGCAUUUGCCCUGGCAGAGAUGCUGAGGGUGAACACGACACUGAAGAGCCUCAACGUCGAGUCCAACUUCAUCACGGGGACUGGAAUCCUGUUCCUCAUAAACUCACUGCAGUACAACACCACGCUACAGGAGCUCAAGAUAGACAAUCAGAGCCAACCGUUAGGCAACAAAGUGGAGAUGGAGAUAGCCAGCAUGCUGGAGAAAAACACCACACUGUUGAAGUUUGGUUACCAUUUCACCCAGCAGGGCCCGCGCCUCCGAGGCUCCAACGCCAUGAUGAACAACAACGACCUUGCCCGGGUUGUCAGGUCCGAGUCGGACGGCUCCUUCACCCUCACUCUGUCUGUUCCGGAGCUGGAGAGGGCCUUUGGGAAAAAGUUCAAGUCCAAGACUAAUAAGAAAGAGAAGGCUGGAGGGAGGACCCAUCUUCCCUAAGUGUCGGACGAAUGUGUAGAAACCAGGGUUACCUUCAAUCCCCGUGUUCCCUCCUUGACCCCCGUCACCUUUCCGGUGCCUCCUCUCGUAAACAACCUCUGACGACCCUUCAGAAGACCACGACCCCCCACCCCGGGUUCAGUUUAGGGUUGGGAGAAAAUCUCUUACUGACAGUUUUAGUAGAUAUUAGAGGAUCCAAUGGGAUUAAUCAACAUAGUCCUUAUGCGCUUUUGGUGCAUGCUAAAAUGAGCAAUAUUAUCUUGUUCUCUGAAGUUUGUUUUUCGACUCUGGUUUUAGUCUUGGACAACAACAUCUAUAGCUCUUUGUAUGAGCUUGAUCUCAUCUUGAAUCCUUAAGUAUCUUAGGAAGUGUCUAGAUUUCAUAUUGAAGGGCUGGAGGUCUGGUUUUUAAUGUGCAUCUAUUUGAGAGGUGAUGGGCCUAUUUCACAAGCCUUGUUCCAAUUGAGCUUAAUCAAUUAUAUCAUUAUUAUCAAUGUGCUGUAAAUGAUUUGCACGGUCAUCACUGUUGAUCCCAGCAGUUUCUGGUGUUGCUUCAACGUCAGCAUAUACAUACAAGGUAUUUCCUACCAACUUUACACAAAAAACAAUGUCCUUUUUAGUUUGACAGACAAAACUGAAAAAAAAAAUGCAGGAAAACUAUAAUGUCCCACUUUGACCCUGUCAUGACAGUUUGAUGUUACAGCCGUUUUUCCUACUCUGUUUGAAACUGUAUUUUAGUGACUCAUGUCCUCAGGAUUUCAGUUAUAGACAGAUUUGUAAACCUGUGAGAUUGUUUCUAUAUACGGAUUAUAUUUAUUUCUAACAGACCUGGGAAAGAGUCAGUAUCUAUUCAAAUACUUGGCAUUAAUUGGAUCUAUUGUGCUGGAUUGUGUAAUAAAAACAAUUUGCUGUAAAACAAAAUGUGAAUGUUACAUUAUCUAGCAUUUAUAUUAGCAGGCUCUACAGAGGAAUCCUUUUAGCUGCGUAUGACAACUGCCAAUUGAAGUUUUGUAUACCGAAAUUGGAUAAUCUAUGAACCCACUAUAAAAUAUUCUACUAACGACACCUUGUGAUAUCAAGGUAACUGUGGACGUUUUGACUAUGUGCCAACUCGUACAGUAUUUGAAUGGUUUUCUGCUGCACUUUAAACCAGGUCUGCUUUGUUGACUGUGUUUGUUUGUUUUUAUUUACUGCAGCUAAAAAAAAAAAGGUGUGCCUUAACAUGAAAUGAUUGGUAAUGUUGACUCACUGUUUAUUACGAGUUUCACAUUAACGUCUCAGUCGAGGUUUGGAUUAUAUCAUGAGUGGAUAUUUAGACAGAUUUAAAAACACAGGGAACCUCUAAUGUCUUUACAGCUGUCAGAUUACCAGAUCCACAGCCAACCAUGAUAAAUGCUGCCGUUUAUCUGGUAACAAUUCAUUUGAUUUCUUUUCAUUUUAGACUCAACAGCACAAUGAGAAAAAAAAAAGAGGAACUAGAGCAAUAAUGUCGCUUUUUCCAGAAAUGGUCUGCACACUGUUGAGAUGAGAUUUGUUAAUCUCUCCUACAAACAACUGUAACUGACGCGGACUCUCAGAGAUUAAAAACAGUCCGUUAACCCACUACUCUGUUCCUGUUUCGUCGGUGCUGUGGGUGUUGUGUUGUAAACAUUUGAAUACAGUAUCUGAAUGCUGAAAGGCAGCGAGGACUGGGCCCCUGCCACUCUUUUCUUCUGUCUGGUGUUCUCUGAUAUUUUAGUGCUUGACUCUUGUGUUUUGUUUGAUAGUUCACUUCUUUUUUUUGUUCUUUUUUUUGGGUUGAAGUUUUGAUUAGGGGAAAAAUAAAGCUUGAAAAUACAAAUCCGACAA